CAAACACAUCACACAGCCAAAGCAGGGAAGAUCAAAAGUGCCCGAGUUUUGGUGCAAAGCAGCAGCAAGCAUUCGAAUCGAAAAACCGCGUCGCUUACAAGUUUUUUUUUCCGGUGAAAAUCUUCUAAUAAUUUUCGUGAUCCAAGCAAGCGGCGAACGGUAAUUAGCUCGAAUUCUCGUCGGAACGGUAGUGAACCUUAAUAGCUAACCUGGUCCGGAAGGGAUCGAACGUUGAACGACGGAUCGAACGGUCAGUUCUGGUUAUAGUGGAUUUGUAGUGCUCCUCAGCCAAGCGGCGGAAGCGUUUUCGGGAUUAAAACCACGAUAGUACGGCAGGUCAUCUCCUUCCACUUCGUCUCCGAGUAGAUCGAACAGUAACACCCGGAACAGCAGCAAAAUGAGUGAUCGUAAGGCAGUGAUCAAGAAUGCCGAUAUGGGCGAGGAGAUGCAGCAGGACGCCGUGGACUGUGCGACACAAGCCCUGGAAAAGUACAAUAUCGAAAAGGACAUUGCCGCGUACAUCAAGAAAGAGUUCGACAAAAAGUACAACCCCACCUGGCACUGCAUCGUCGGCCGAAACUUUGGCUCAUAUGUCACGCACGAAACGCGCCACUUUAUCUACUUUUAUCUGGGACAGGUCGCCAUCCUUUUAUUUAAGAGCGGUUAAGUUGCCAGCAGCUUUAGCAACCAAGCCAGCAGCCGAACAGCAGUCAAAAAGCAGCAGAGAGCGCGUGUUGUGUGGGGUGUAUACUGAAAGAUGAAGAGAAAGAGCAGAAGCAGCAGUAGCAGCAGCAUAGCAGGAAACACAUUCUAUUUACUAUUACUUCUACUAUUAAUAAAUUACAAUUAUAACAUUGCCCAACCAAACACAACAAUUACAACAAGUCCGGAUGGCGGGGGAAGCAGCUGAGACCGAGAACGCGACUUUGUGAUAUCCGAGCUGUGAUGGCUAUGGGAGGAAAACGAGAGAGCGAGCGUGGUCUCCUGGCGGCUGAACCGAGAAAUAGAACAAAUCCAAGAAGAAGAAUAAAAAUAAAACAGUGGCAGCAAACUAGAAUACUUUUUGAGCAAGAGACGUUCGAUUCUUAUAGCUAUUAAAAGUAAAAACUUUCCGGAACAUAUAUAGAAGAAGAACAAAUCAAUGAAGACGCAAAAUCAUUUUUCGAAGCAGAAGAGCGUAUAUAGAUGAAAGGAUAGUAGAUAAAUUGAUGAUUUGAUUCCAUGGAAAUUUUGAUUGAAGCAUUAUUAUUACACUAACCUAUUUGGAUUUAUCUUGAUUAGAGCAAAUUUAUUGAAAUUUGUUUUGUUUGUAACGGUACCUACAAAUUAAAAA